CAGACUCCCAGCAGAACCUGCUCCCACACACAGGAAAAUGAUGCUGAUUGGUGCCCUGUGUAUUGCGGCAUUCAUGGCACUCGCAGUUGAGUCGGCGGAUCCCCCGUUUUCCUCAAUAUCGACUGAUAAUGUCACCGUCACUCAGAUCAUUAUUAAUGCCCACAAUAACUACAGGAGAAAUGCCUCUCCCUCUGCACGGAACAUGCUGAAAAUGGUGUGGAACAAAGAUGCGGCCAUAAAUGCAGCCAGUUGGGCAGCGACGUGCAGCGAGUCCCAUAGCCCCUCAGAUAAACGCACCAUUCCUGGCUUUGGCUGUGGGGAAAACCUGUACAUGGCUUCCUAUCCAGCCUCUUGGGAGGAGGCAGUUAAAGGGUGGUACAGCGAAUAUAAUGACUUUCAGUAUGGAGUGGGGCCUAAAUCCCCCGGUCUGGUUACGGGACAUUAUACCCAGGUCAUGUGGUACAAUUCAUACAUGGUGGGAUGCAGCGUCUCCUACUGCCCUAAAAGCCCUUACAAAUACUUCUAUGUUUGCCAGUACUGCCCAGCGGGAAACCUUGACAGCACAAUGAGCACCCCGUAUAAAACUGGCCCAAAGUGCGCAGACUGUCCGACAGCCUGUGAUAAUGGCCUUUGCACCAAUUACUGUCCCUAUCAAGAUUUAUAUUCCAAUUGCAAGACUUACGCUUCUUAUUGCAAUACUUUUCCUACAAUAAGGGACGGCUGCAAGGCUACCUGUCUCUGCACCAAUCAGAUCAUCUGAUUUCAGCCCUGUGGCUGGGGCUUGGAUUGGGACUGAACACAACGGAAAUAAUUCAAAUAAUGAUAUAAUUAAAGACCAUUUUUUUCUUGUCACAAUUGGUGUACUUUAUAAAAAUGUAUGUAAUAGAACGUCAGCUCUUAUACACAGAUAUAUAUAUGGUUGUGUUUUAUUUAUACUUUAUUUAUUGUGUUUUGGGUGCACAAAACAAACAGCCAAUAGCAGACAAUGGUCUUGCCCUGCAACAUUCUCACGUCUGUCAGCCCCAAACCAGCUAUGUUACUAUUUUAGCCCUUGCACUUGGGCUUGCAUUCCUAAAUAAGCCUUUUGAACUCAAAAACUAAACAAAAACUUUUUUUUAUUAUUAUUAGUCAACAAGCAGCCUAAAAUGCACAUAUAGUGCUGACUAAGGUAGAAGAAAUGAAGGAGCUUAGCGGUGUGGGGUUGGCCCCUUGGGACUUGGAGCAGGGGCCAGUGGGGCUCAGUCAAAAUUAUAGUUAUCGGACCCCUUAUCCGGAAAGAAAUUAUCCAGAAAGUUCUGAAUUACGGAAUGGCCAUAUCCCAUAUACUCCAUUUUAAUGAAAUAAUGCACAUUUUUCUCUGUAAUAAUAAAACAGUACCUGUACUUGAUCCCAA